CUUUUUUUCGAACCAUCAUGUCCAGACAACCCUCGCCAGGAAAUGCACAUCUCUCCAACACAACUCAAGCCCAAAUCCAGUCUGCAAAGCAGCAAAAAUCAAAAGCAUACUCUGGAGGUAUUACGGCCGGUGCUGAAGAUGCAAAGUACCACAACAAAUACAAGGAGUUGAAGAGAAAAGUCAAAGAAAUUGAGUCGGACAAUGAUAAACUCCAGCUCAAGGUUAUGCAGGCCAAGCGAAAUAUCCAACGGAUGAAACUCGAGAGGGCCAUUCUUUAUGAACGCCUUUCGGUCGCGCCUCACCCUCACUCGCCAGAAUUGCAGGAUCGCCAGCCGCUCCCUCCUAUCGCCCCUCAGGGACAGCCCUUGCCCACCUCCCACCUUCACCGCGAGGGACCACCUAUGGACCACGAUCCUGCUCUUGUCGAGUAUCUUCGCAUCCAUGGCAAUGUUAGGGUCGUCACUGGCCCCGACGGACGACCCCUGCCUGUUGCUGAUCCAUCCUUAGGCCCAGCAGUCGCGCCGGCAACAUCGUCGAUACGCUUGACACGGCGCAGCUCAGCAGGCGUUCCACCAGCCCACGACGCGCGUCUCGGUGCAAUACCCCCUUUACCUCCCAUGCAGCCACCCAUGGAACCAGGACGAAGUCAUUCAACUCGGUCUCAUUCUCAUACCACAAGUCCAACCACCCACCAUUCUCACGUCAGUCCAUCUCAUGAACGGUCCCAUUCUGGUUCCCGGAGGGGUCCUCCGGCACCUUAUGUGCCGCAUCCGUAUCCAGGGGAUAGCCUGCCACCCGUUGGCCACGUCCUGCUCAGUUCGCCACCUCCGUCAGAUCGUGAACGUUCCCGACGUCAAGAUAUGCACGAACUAGCUAUUCCGCAUGGCGAUAUGCACAAUCAUGCCAUGGGCCCGCUAUCUCCUCGCUCGCAUUCGUCUGAUGCCCGGUCGUCUUCUAGUAGAGUGCACAACCACCAGCGUCUCGGUCCCGGCACGUACAUCAACAGAGAGGAUCAUCGGGACCGCCAACGCGAGAUUGACUACGAUGCGGAACGUCAAUGGGAGCUAAGAGAACGUGACCGUCGCGACAUGAUGCGCGGUGGCCGGGAGGCUGAGUUAGGCCCUGCUCACAUGCACUCGCCUCCGGUGGUACAUCGGUCUUCCAGACACUCCAUGGAAUACACAGACCAUCACACGUCGCGUAUGCGCGAAGAACCAGGGUAUUACCAUGAAAUGUCAGCUGGCAGCGCGAGCGCGGGUCCUGGCUACCCUAUGCAGCAUUCGCGGUCCGAAACGCCUGGCUCAGGAUCAGGUGCUUCAGGAUCUGGCAUUGGCGGGGCUGACGGUCCUUCUCGUCCGGACUCCCGUGGCCAAUACUAUGACCACGAUCGACCGCGAUCGUUUAGGUUGCGUCCUGUCAGUCAGGCUCAACCGCCGUCAGCCCCACCUCAGGAAGAAUUGGACUUUGUACACGAAGACGGACGAUCACAGUCGAGAGAUCGUGGUGGAGGUGGCGGUGGCGUUUAUACACCUUCGGAGCAAGGAAGGUCCUCUGCUAGGAUUGACGCCAGAAAACGAAGAAGUGUAGAUAUGAUGGAGGUUGAUGAUCCUGCCAUGGCAGCGCUCUAUCCCGGGCAGGACAGGAAUUCCAAACGAUAUCACAGGGAGCGCGUACGGGGUGGUGAGGACCAGGAUGACGACCGCAUGGGGCCUUGAAAGUCUCUAACGGUUCUGUUUGGACAUUAAGGUACGAUAAUCAAGGCAUUUCUUCCUAUUUCUGUUGUCGUGCAAUCCUUCUGUAGUUAUGUACAACUUCUCUUCCUAUCCUCUAUACAAGGGUUAAAUAAAACAUCAUAGAUAUACCAUCCACACACACACAAACGUCAUUCUCACUUCAAAAACCUUGUGCCCAUGACGUUGUAGGUACUAUGUGGCGUAAUGUGUACGAGGCUCAUUUAUCAUAAUGUUCAUUGGAGACACGCU